UCCUUGUCUCUCUUGUUUUGACAGUUGAAGGCGUCUUUGUGGACAGGACACUUCGAGGGCCAAACAAUGGAAUGCUCUCUCCUGCCUACACUGCUCAGCACUCUACAGACUGAGGUUAAACGGCUUAGUUAGCAGUGUGCCUCUCCCCUAAGAACUCUUUUAGCUUGGGGAAAGUUUAAAAAAGGAGAAUUUUCUUCAUAGUACAACACAUUAAUCCAGUUCUUUGUAGUUGUUUUUUGGGAUUCAUUUUUGCUUUGUGUGAACACAAGUCAAGAUGGAUUUGGAACCGUACCUGUGGAUGGUCGUGAUUGGCUUCAUUAUAGCCUUCAUCCUGGCAUUUUCAGUGGGAGCCAAUGACGUGGCUAAUUCGUUUGGCACAGCAGUCGGGUCUGGGGUGGUGACAUUACGUCAGGCCUGCAUCCUGGCUUCCAUAUUUGAGACCCUUGGCUCCAUGCUCCUCGGUGCCAAGGUCGGGGAAACCAUUCGGAAGGGAAUUAUAGAUGUCAGUUUAUACAAUGAAACUGUGCCGAUACUGAUGGCGGGAGAGGUCAGCGCCAUGGUCGGGUCUGCGGUUUGGCAACUCAUUGCCUCUUUUCUGAAGUUGCCCAUUUCUGGAACUCAUUGCAUUGUGGGAUCUACUAUUGGCUUCUCCAUGGUUGCUAUUGGCACUAAAGGAGUACAGUGGAUGCAGUUAGUCAAAAUUGUUGCUUCAUGGUUCAUCUCCCCUCUGCUGUCUGGUCUCAUGUCUGGUCUGCUUUUCUUCAUCAUCCGAUAUUUCAUUCUUAGCAAGGAUGACCCUGUUCCCAAUGGUCUUUGCGCUUUGCCCCUCUUCUACGCAUCAACCAUCGGAAUCAACGCCUUCUCCAUCAUGUACACUGGAGCUCCCUUACUGGGCUUGGAGAUGCUCCCUGUCUGGGCUGUCGCCCUCAUUACUUUGGCUGGUGCUCUGGUAUGUGCCGGUCUGGUCUGGAUUUUUGUUUGCCCCUGGAUGAGAAAGAAAAUAGCAAGUCAGCUGAAGAAAGAGCAUGCUCUUUCCCACAUUUCUGAUGAGAGUUUGGAUAAAAUCCCGGAGGAGGAAGAGGAAGCCCCUGUGUUUAAAGAGCUUCCAGGUGCAAAAAGCAGCAACGAUGCUGUUCUGCCCCUGACAGAGGAGUCCACAGGAGAGCUGAACAGCCUGGCUAAUGGAGGCACCGUCCUGCCCCACGGCAGAGUGUAUGGUCGCACUAACUCCAUGACCAACGGGUGCCUCAAGUCACCCGUGUCCAAUGGGGGCUUCAGCUUUGACGGCCACAUGCGCAGUGAUGGCCAGGUCUAUCACACGGUUCAUAAGGACUCUGGUCUAUACAAGGACCUCCUUCACAAGAUCCACCUGGGCCGCCUGGAGGAUGAGCGCAGCAGCUCACGUCCUGACAACAGCUACCGUCACCUCCGCCGCAACAACAGCUAUACAUGUUACACAGCAGCCAUCUGCGGCAUUCCAGUGCAGCCCCUGAUCCGGUCAGAGUCCAGCGCCCCUCCUCCAGAGGACAGUGAGAAGCUAGUGGGCGACACGGUCUUCUAUUCGAAAAAGCGAUUGCGCUACGACAGCUAUUCCAGCUACUGUAAUGCGGUUGCAGAGGCUGAGAUUGAAGCGGAGGAAGGUGACGUGGAUGUGAAGUUGGCAGCAGAUAAAAGGGAGCCCCAGGCCCCAGCUGAAGGGAUGCUGGAGGACUGUGUUGAUGAGGACAAGGAAGAGAAGGACAAUCCUCAAGUCUACCUGCUCUUCCACUUCCUGCAAAUCCUGACCGCCUGUUUCGGAUCGUUUGCGCAUGGGGGGAAUGAUGUCAGUAAUGCAAUUGGCCCUUUGGUGGCCCUGUGGAUGAUUUACGAGCAGGGUGGGGUGAUGCAGGAUGCGGCCACACCUAUCUGGCUACUGUUAUAUGGUGGCAUCGGAAUCUGUACUGGACUGUGGGUUUGGGGUCGACGUGUCAUUCAAACAAUGGGCAAAGACCUCACUCCCAUCACCCCCUCCAGGUGAGAUCGGCCUUUUGGCAGAGAGCAUGAUGUUUGUGCAUGAUAAUUGAUGCAUGUUCUCCCGUUGCAUGCAGAUGUGAUGAUUUCUUAUCCACGGUAAGAUAUCUUCUUAAGCCCAAUGCACACUGUACAAUGUUGCCGAUAAUUUAGAAAUUUUACCCAAAGAUCUCACUGGCACCAUACCAUUCAAUCUAAAAAGCAGCAAUGAAAAAGAACAGAAACAUUGCACAGUGUAUAGUGGGCUUAAUUUAAGUGGCCUCUUACAGGAAACCCAUGACAAAAACAUACUAUUAAAAGGUGUCUUUCUUUUUCUGUAGCUAGUGGAAAAUUGUUGAAGUGGAGGACCGGUUUUUGGGUGUAAAAUGCUGACAGAACUGAAACCUUCCUCUUGGUCCUAAACCAGUGCUGAAGGUGUAAUCAUAGACUACAGAAACAGAGCAUGUGCUUUGACAAUAGUUUAUCUGAUUUUAAAAUCUUGCUAGAUCAGUUCUGUUUAUCUGCUUUUCUUCUCUCUCGUUUGGGUACUUGCCCUCAUCCCCUCUGUGUUACCACCACAAAUCAGGUUAAAUAUCACCGUAGAAUAAACCUUCAGUAAAAUUUUUUACAUUUAGAAUAAAGGCAGAUUAAUCUCGGUUUUGCACCAACCACUCAGAACUGGCUGGGUUUGCUAAAUAUAGCAAGACACUUGUGCGCACAGCCCCAGCGACCUUGCUUUCUCUUAGUAACGAAACAAACUGUCGAAAACAAAUGAGCUUGAGUUGAUAAUCAGAACAAAUGUGACUGGACACAAAUCCAAACCAAAAUUUGAAAUGAGCCUUUGAAAUAAAAAAGCUAAUUAUUCUGUUAAUGUCUAAGCUCCAAAAUUUGUAUAUAU